ACAAACACUGCUCGGUCCACCUCUCAGUGAAGCAGAAAGCAAGCGUCUGCGAGUCGUUUCUGCCCUUUAUUCUCCUGUAGUUUGGUCACAUCUCGACGGGUGGCGUUGUCCCGGUCUAAAACGUGUGCUGGAGAUCGAUGAAGGCAGAGAAUGCGAACGACAGUGUGUUUUGGGGAAGUACUCUAGAGUGUGCCACGUCUGGCAAUGGGAUCGUCUGGCGAAGGCCUGUUUCAUGGGCAAUCCACGAUUGAGCGAUGAAGAGGAAAUCCAAAGGCGAUACAAACUUUCCAAACAAUGGGAUCGCUCUCGGAAAAAUGCACCUCCACCUGGAGGUGCUGCAGCUGCCGCCAGUGCUAGUGCAAGUGAUGGUGAUCCUACUGGUGCAAGUAGUAGUAGUGAUGGUGCUAGUACUAGUACUAGUAGUAGUGAUGGUGAUCAUAGUACUGGUGCAAGUGGAGGAAGUGGAACAACAGCACCUGAGGAUCGUGGCGGAAACCCCUUAUUGCAGGAUCCAAAUAGCGAUGACAGGAAAGCGAUAGACGUAGACCCUUCGGUUGACUGCAUCUCUACACCCUAUUGGCACGACCUACAAGCUGGCAUCGGAAGAUCUACAAAACAUGGCCUUCCUCGUGGAGUCGGAAUUGCGAGGAAUCGAACUGAGAUGAAGAGAAGGGACGCUGAUGCAGGCUCAGGGUCAACCUCAACGUCAUCGUCCCAGGUUGUAGAAGGGGGUGAAGAUGUCGAAGAUCGAACUUCCUUGCGACCGCAGUACCACCCUCGAGACCGUGCGAUCAUCGGGGCACGAGUGCGCGUACUUUUCAUGACGAACGACUACGAGAGCGAACUUCCCGAACGACAGCCUCUUUCGAAGCUCUGCGGCUCUUUUGAGGGUUAUACAGCAUCGCGCUCCUUCGAUAAUUGGUACGUCACGCAGAGGCAGGAGUCUGGUUCCACGGAGUCUGGUUCCACUCCUAACCUUCAUUGGAACUACACCGACACUGGUGGAGUAUUGUUUCGCAGCAUGAUGCGGAAUAAUAUGCAAUGGCAAGCUGAGCAAGAACAGCUGGCGCAUGCCAAGAAGGUCAAGACAGCCACCGCCAACUCUGCGACGUCUCCUGUAUCUACAAACAGAGAAACUACAAGAGCAUCGAUCUCCUCCACUUGGAUACUGGAUAAAUGGGAUCCCGAAAUGCGCUACACGGUGGAGGACGUUGCACAAGUAGCGUCAGAAACCGUUGCUACGUCAUUGGCCACGACUACAAACGAAAAGGGGGAGCCUAACAAAAGCGACAAGGAGAGACGGGAAGACGUCAUCAUGAGUCUUGAACGCCGUUUCGGCGGGUUGCUAGUUACCUACGGCCUACAAGAGCAUCUGCGGGAUAUGGAAUGGCUGGAAAAUCUGAAGGACCUGGUCGGUGAAAUACGACAUACUCUUUUGGGAGUGUUGAAGAGAUGGACUUCUGCAUCAGAUGACGAGACAGGUCCUGACACUAUUGCAGCACACCUAAAAAGCAUUGUGGCGAGCUCUUGCGAGAACACGGAUGCAACAAGCGCAAGCACUUCUACGGAGAAGAUGAACAUCGAGAACAAAGAAUUUCCUGUCGUAGGAUCAGCGGAAGAAAUGGCCCUGCUGAUACGUGAGUUAGUCCUUCGUGGUGGAGCGAAAAAAGCCAUCCAGAGUGAGUCGUCCUCCACGAAAUCUUGCCUCCUGACACUCCUCCAGAACGUCGAGGCACUGCUAUCGUUCGACGAUUUGCGUCUAUCGGCGAUCCAUGAUCGCAAUUCCUGGUACAAGCCUAUGAAACGAAAAAGUGCACUCACACUCAAGAAAUUGGGUAGGAUUUAAGUAGGAAAAUAGCUAAUUUUUUUGAGUGUGAGUGCACUUUUUUCUUUCAUAAAGCCAAAUCUGACCGCGACUGAUCGCUUCCGGCGGAAGCUUCUGCGACGUGCGGUCAUGGGGCGUGGCCAUGACUUCAAGGCUUAUGGCCUAGCCGGAGCUUCGAUUCCGCCAAGUAUGAAGAAACUACCUGCUUCAGCGGAAGUAUUAAACAAAGACGAUGCGAAGAAGAACGUCUACGCUCCUCCUCGACCUAGGGAUAAUAGUCUGCGUGCUCUAGCUGUCUGCGCAGAAGAUUUGGAAUAUCAAGCCCGAAAGUCAGGCGUCGAUCGCGCAUCGGGGACACUGGAGGAAAAGACUCGAGUUCGAGAGGAUUGGAGCAGCUUGGACUUUCCGCAGUUAGAUGGUACUGCCGAUGAGCUGCAAGAUAACGACGCUACUUUCGUAGAAGACCCACGUCCAGGUUGGUACCGAGAUAUCGUGAUGACAACGAUGAACGCAGUGGGUCACAAGUUGAAUAUCGCACAGGGGAGGGACUUUUUGGCACUACGAGCGUUGAUUCCCUAUGGGUUGCGCUCUGGCCACUUCCUCAACUUUGGCUUGCAAAACUGCGACGAAUUCGAUCCGCUUUUCUUGUUGCUUUCGCAUCGCGGAAUCUACAGUUUAUGCGUGGAUGUGAUAGGAGAACAACUCCUGUCUAGCAGGAGCAGCUCGACGAGGAGGGUGACUCAUUUUACAACCUAGUGCCUUCCGCUUCCCCUUCUCGUUCCUUACACCUAGUACGGCUCACAGUAGAAUGGCUAUGGCUGAGUUGUACACAAAUAGAUUUUAAAAAUAUUAAUAUUUUGAUUUGAUGGAAAAACAACACUCAUCUACACCUUGUCUUCAUAUGCAGCCAAGGAAUACAGCGAGUACAAUGCCUUGGCUAGGCACCGCCGGAAAAGAGCCAUACGUGCAGGCACAGCAACUGCAGAAGAUUAUCGUGAUCAAGAUUUAAUACUAGAACCAUCACCUACACCUGCCAGCGACAACGACAACGCAAACGCGAAGAUUUCAUCCGAUGUCACCGCAGCAGAACAGCCGUUCACCCUCACAAAACUACUACAUGAACAGACAAAGCAUCAACAUGUUUUCAGGGAAUUUGCGUCAUUGGUUAAUUCGCCGCCAUUAAAGGGCGUAGGUUUCGACCCUGAGUGGACAGGUGAUUGCACCCGGUGGGAGAAAAACAUGAAAUACGUGAAUAAGCCUGCUUUUCCCGAAGACAUACCUGCUUUUGUUGAUGACGCAGGAUGGUUCGUUCACGACCAGGAGGGAAGCGAAAAAACGAAAACGGAAACGCCUACGACAUCGAGUCCUCAGGUCGUUCAGACUAGGUCUAAAAGGACUAAGGUCAUCGAGUUCGUCAAGGUGGACAUUGACAGCCACGACUACGACAUACUGAAAAGUGUGGUAGAGUACACUGAGGAUCGCAAGAUCGACGUGCUGAUCUACUGCGUAGAGGUAAACGGCUUGUUUCAUCCGCCACUGCGGUAUUGGGGGAAGUCUCCACCGGCAGAAACGAGACGAAAUACGAAAUCUCCUGCCCCCCUAGCGCAAGAGCCACCAGAGCCUCAAUCUCGAAGUAGAAGUCAAACACCUAGUACACUACAGCCGCAACCAGGAGAAGCUUCUUCUUCACCUAGUAUUGACACAGCUACAGUCCCAGAUGAACUAUCCAAGACAUCAAACGAUACAUGGAGUUCGAGACAAGUUUUCUUGAUGCGUAAUCGGCACAUGCCCUUUCAGGGCAUGUCGUUGCAGGCCGCUGUCGAUUUGUUGCGAGAGACGCACUCUUACGGCCGCGAAGGAGUAGAAACGACUUGUUGAUCUUGAUCUUGACACUCGAUGUGGAUACGUUUCAAUUUCCAUACAACUAGUAGUGCAACUUAGUUUUGAGUUCAUCUAUUCCUGUUUCAGGUAGUCAACGCCCAACGAAAUGAAGGAUGAGAAAAUAUUCGACUAGAGUUUAUUGACCUCGUCUACCUUUUCAUCGUGCUUGUCCUCCUGCUUCUUCUAACCUGCUCUCGUUUUCCUGCAUCGUGGCGAAGACGCCUAUUUCGUUCACAACACGCUUUUGAGGCCGAUUGUCGAAGCCGCUUGGAACGUCCGACUCCCAGUCCAUCCCUGGCAUUGUAUGCACGCCACAGAAAUGCUCCGUCUGUGGCCAUUCGACACAGCGUGGAGCGGGUAUGACGUCACUUUCGGGAACAAGAACAAGCAACCUUCGUCUCGCAGUGUGAGUGUUGCGGCAGGCCGUAGCGAGGAUCACGACCGCAGUCGAACGUGGUCUGAUAUCUUGACGGAGAUUCGGGGUAACCUGACAGGAUGUGAUGCCUUUCGUGAACCGGACGAGGAAAAGUGGCCGAUCGGAAGAAGGAGCAUGGACAUGCACAUCUCGCUCUAGCUUUGAGAUAGUGUUGUAGAUGCCUGCUCUAGUACCGUUGUCGUGGCUCCCGAAUUUUUUAAAGUCCAUCAUGCUGAUGCUGUAAUGCGUACACGCACUCGAUUUCUUCAACACAGGUAGAAGUUUGUUGAUACAAAUUGCAUUCCUCUCUCUCAUACAUCCUCUUGAUGCUGCUCAAGUCUUUCACUUAUACACUCUAAGCGGUAGUACUUGUUCUCUUGAAGAUAGAAAUAUACGACAAGCCACAUGAC